GGCCUGAGGUACGGACUACGGUUUUAAAACUCGAUAUGUCGCUGCUGACAGUUUUGUUUUUUUAGUUGCGACGGUUAAUAAUAAUACUUUGAAUGUAAAUAUUUACAUCAUGGAAAGGCGUGUUAUUUUAAAAAAAUUAUUCGGCUCUUGUUGGGGGAAGAGAAGGAAGAAGAUAUAUUUUUAAUUCGUGAAUUAAAAUUUAAAAAAUUGAUAAUAUAUGUACUAGUAGAAAAAAUUAGAUGAAGAACAUUUUUUAAAUUUUGAAUGAAAAAUGUAUUAAAAAUCCACCAACAUACAGCCCUCAGAAAUAUACAGGUUGGAUAAUAGGGUUUCCAAUUCCUUACUUUGAGUAGUAAAUCUGUAAAGAGUAAAUUAUGUAUCCAGAUGUUUUGAACAUGAUGUCUCGUAAAUCAGUGGAUGAGAAAAAUACCUUUGACCACAAUAUUGCAGUUAUUGAAGAUACAGACACAUCAGCUGAAGAUCAGAUAAAUGAUGAUAAUAUUCAAUACAGAUUUGUCUACUCAAAUGAUGAAAUAGAGGUUCAUGAAAUGGACACAGUUCAAUUUCAAUUUGUAGAUGGAUCUAGCAAUAUAGAGUAUCAUUCACCGGAGCCGAGUACAUCAAAUGUGACUAACUCUGGACAAAAAUCAGGAUCAAGAAAUCAACAUGGUCCACUAACUGAAUGGAAACCAGAAGAAGUCAAACUGAUGUUGAGCAAUUAUAAAAAAUACAUCACAGAUGUAGGGAAAGACAAAACUUUUAAAAGCAAAAAAGAGAUGUGGAAUAAUAUUGCAAAAAAUAUUAGUGACACUUUUAAUGUCACAAGAACACCAACACAGUGCAUGACAAAAUUUUUUUACAGAUUCAAAACAUUGAAAAAAGCUAAAAAAUUAGGAUCUGAUGUAGAAACUACAAUUAACGCAACUAAAUUGCAAAAUGAAAUGGAAGCUAUGGAUACUAUAUUCAAUGUUGUUAUGGAGGAUGUUGAGGCAGCUAGAAUUAAUGAAAUAGAGACCCGUGGUCAAGAAACGAAUAGUUCAGAAUUAGAAGUAUUAGCUCAUAUUUUACCUAAAACAUUAAUUGAACUAGCCAAAGUAAAUGCCCGUGCACAAGAGCGCAGACACAGAGAACACAUGGACUUCCUUAGGGGAUUUGAAAGUAGAUACAUGGAAAUGCUGGACAAAAAGUUAAAAUAAGACAUUUUACUCCUAUUUAAAAAACUAAAUACAUUAUUAAUAAAUAAAUAAUAUUUUAUAAGUAAAAAAAUUUGUUCAUUAAAAAUAAGUUUUGACUGUUUAUAUUUUUGAAUAAGUGAAAUUUUAUGUAUAUCUAAUAUAUUAUAUUGUUAAAUAGAAUUUUGUUUAUUACUACAAUCUAUCUUUCUUUUCCUUCCCUCCAAAAUCAUAUUCGGCUAUUCGAAUCUAAUUUUUGAAUUUUUUCAAUUUCCACUCCUCUGAUCAAUUAUUUAUUUAUUCUAAGCUUUCUGCUAGAGCCUACCAACACUACCACAUUAUUCGUUUACGAUUUCACGUCGACAUUAACAUCAACAUACUACAUAUUAAUAAUCUUUAACUCAAUUUAAGAUCCAGUUUUAAAAUCAUUCGUAUUUUUGGAAAAUUUUAAGAAUAUACUGUAUUAAACACAAUCGCAUGUUUUCUGUACAAAAAUACGCAUCUAUAUAUUUUUUUAAACGAUAAUUUGAUACAAAUCCAAAGUUUUUAUUAUAAAUGAUAUAAUUGAAAUGACUAAUUUGUCGCUUUGACAAACCACAAAUGUACCUACUAGUUAUUACAGCAAAAUAUUAAUAUUAUUAUUUAUUACCGCACUGGUGCUCGAAUUGGAAUAAUAAAAGUUAAGGCUCGUUUUUACUUUUAAAAAAUUAGUGUACCGUGCAUUUUAUUACCCCUAAAAAAACCACUGCUUAUAAAAAUUAUUAGGGGUACGCUACGAUUUCUGAAAAAAUAGUUGGGUAGUACUAAUUCCCUUCCCUAAUUCAAGCACUGAUCAUUACUGUGAUUUCAUAUUAAUUUGUUCAAAAAUGUAAAAAAAAAAACCUUGCAAAUUAUUAUUAGGUAAUAGUUAAUUUAGUACCAUAAAAUUUGUGUUCAAAAUUAUUUUUUGUUUCUUAAUAGUCAAGUACCUAAUUUUACGGCAAAGUUGUUUAAAAAGAAAAGGCUGAGCUAUUGAAAAUAUAAUUU